UAAGUUAAAGUAAGACAAGUAUAUUUUUUCUCAUUCUAACUUAUUGCAUCAGUGCAACAGUGCAGUUAGAAAGAACAGACCAUUGCAUAUGCUAUUAGUGCAUCAGUGCAAUAGUGCAGCGACAAAGAACAAUCAAUUUAUAUCUGCAAUUAAUUUAUAAUGAAUUAAAAUAAUAACGAUUGAAGAUGCAUGCCAUCGACGAGGAAGACGAAGAUCUUGUGAUAAAAGGUAGUGCUCUUCACGAGCAUCUUUUAAAAUUAGGUUACACAGACUUUGAAAGUAUAUCUAUGCCCAGGAGAAUACAUCAUGAACAGAGACAUUAUUUAAAUAUAAAUAUUAAAAACAUGGUAAAAAAUGUUUAUACAAAAUUGUUUUCUCUUUAUUCUUGGAUAAUGCAGGAGAAGAGCUUUUCUGAAGAGCAAUUAAAAGUUAUUUUGAAUGCGGAGGCUCUGUUCAAUGAUCAUUUUUCUGUAGUUAACAGCUUUCUAACAAAGUGCAAUUCUAACAGUUCUAAAAAAAUAACACUGCAAGAGUUAAUUAUGUUUGUGACUGCAUUAAUGUCUUCAACAUAUGUUUCAUUAUGUGAACACAAAAUAUUACCAAUAUUAUUUGCGUCAUCGGCAAUUUGUUGUGUCGGUUAUAUGAAAUAUUUACGCUUUUAUGCAAAUAGAAAUUUGAAGAAGGUUAUAUUGCUGCAAAAUGAACUUUUUCUUAUUUGUAAAGACAGCCUUAAGAUUUUACGACAUGAUCACACAAUGAAAUUGGAGUUUGAAACGUGUCUCCAACAAUUUUCUCAUUUCUUAGGUGAAAAAUUGCAGUAUCUGGAAUCUCUAAAGGAUAAUUUAAUAAAAUUUAUGAAAAAUAUUUCCUGUAUAUAUUACAAAUGUUCAUUGUCAAUUGCAAAAUUGCUGCCAUCAACCGCACUUAGCGAGAAUCUAUUCACGAAAUUCGAACAUGACUCGUUUGAAGUGUCUGGUGAAGUCAACAAUCAAAUAUUAAGGAAAUUGUAUCAUACCUAUCUUCUGAUACAAUCAGAAAUGUUAUAUUUAUUAGCUAUUGCAUAUGAUAGUAGUACUUGGAUGUAUUCUUGCCAAAAGAUACCUGAAGCAAAAUUAGCCCAUAUAAUUCAUAUCUUAACUAAAGAAUUGGCAGUCUACAAAGUUAAAUUAUCGGAGAUUAUGAAUGCAUAUCAUACUUGCAAAACAGAACCAGUUCGAUAUAAGACACAGGACAGAGCUAAAUGGCACGAUCCAACUGUCCAAUUAGAUUUGGCAUCAUACAAACUACAAGUAGCCUACAAUCAAUUUUUUUCAAUAUUUAAAGAUAUUGACGACUGUAUUAACCAGGAUAUGAGUAUGGAUCAUAAAAUAGCGAAUACACUAAUGCAAAAGUUGGAUGAAGCUUUCAAAGAGAUCGACACGGCGAAAAGUCUGGCAGAAUUUGUUGUUCUAUUAAUGGCAAGAUCGAAAUUCAAUGAUGCGAGAAACAAUCAGUUUGUAGUCGAUGAUACUAUGAUAAAUCAGAAUACUGAUUUGCCAGUAAUAAUCGAUUCAGAUCCACAAAUCCUUGACGAGGUAUUUGAAGAGUAUAUUAAAGAGGAGUAUUUAAAACCAUCGGACGAAGAUACGAACGAAUAUUUGUUAGAGCAACAAAAGCUGGAUAAAUUUCUUAAAAAAAAUUUUAUGAGGGAACUAAAAGAAGCCUUAAUUGAUAAACAUAGAUCUAUGUCCGAACGAGAGUCCAAGGCACUAAAACGUAUAUAUAAAAAUAUAUCAACAGAUCCUACAUUGAAUACCGAGGACAACAAGAACUGCCAGUUUAUACCUGCUCCACCGCCAAUGCCUCCUUAUUGCAUAUGGUCAACGUCAAGCAGCACUAAUUCAAAUUACAAGAAAAAAAAUUCUGCUAUUUACAAAAUUAAAAAUGAUUCGUCUAUACAAGGAAAAUUCAACAGCUUAAAUGAAGAAAAUCUUGUAAGAGAGUUGAAACAAAACAUUUUUGAUACACCAUCCACUGAAGUCUGUGAAAAUAGAGAUAAAGAAUCCGUUACAUCUUUGUCACAAAUUCUUCUCAAAACCCAAGCCAUGCAAUUUAUCACGAAUCUACCACCGCCUUUUCUUCAUGAAGAAACAUUUAUAGGAAGUGGUGAAAAUUCUGAAGAUGAAAUCAUAGAUGAUACAAGUGAUAAUAAGGAAGAUAAUGAAAAUCCUCAAUAAUAAAGUUUUUGAUAUUUGAAACUGAUUAAUUUUCCAUAAUUCUUUUCAAUUAGUCUUAAAUAGAUCACCAAUACUGGUAUAGGCUUUCUAAAAUAGCACAACCGUAUUUCUCGGAAAAAAAACUAAACUUAUUGUAUUAAUAUAGUUUACGUUAACAUUGUAAGAACAUUGUUAUAUUAAAUUAUGAUGUUAAUAAUUUAAA